GUCCUUUAGACAUCUCAUAUGGCGUGCCCACAGACAACUCGUCGCAGCGUUUGCGAGCGUCUUGUCCCUCGCAAAGGUGACGUGAACUCAUGCUCUGAACGACCCGGCCUUGGUCCGGGAACAUGUGCUCCUCUUGGUCAGAGCGCUCGGGGAGUGUAUAUAGGCAGCAAGCGAUCUUCGUCUCAGUAUUCACCGGAGAUCGUCCAGUUGUGCUCCAACUGCCUCCGUUUCUAACUAACAACACCAACCGCAUUACCUUAAUCCCAUCAUGUCAAGGGACGGUGUCGCUUUCUACGGCUUCACAGCCGUGCCAAGAGACCCCGAUGUGCUAUUCAAGGACCAUCCCACAGCGAGUGGACCCAACCCGAAGCAAGACUUGUUCACGGUCGACGACCUCCCUCUGCCGGACUCUACAGUCGUGCGUGCCGUGAAGGAGUUUGUCAAGAAAGAGCUCGACGAGCAGACGUACAACCACAGCCACCGCGUAUACAUCUACGGCACCGCCCUGGUGAAGACGCACUUCCCGUCGUGGACAUACGACAACGAGACCUACUACCUGUCAUGCCUCCUGCACGACAUCGGGACCGCCGAACGCUUCCUCGCGACGACGAAGAUGUCCUUCGAGUUCAAGGGCGCGAUCGUCGCGCGCGACCUGAUCUUGCAGCAGGGCGGGCCUGAAGACCAAGCAGAUAGCGUUUGCGACGCCAUCAUCAGGCACCAGGACAUCUUCGUGAAAGGCGGAAACAUCACGAUGGUCGGACAAAUCCUGCAGCUCGCGACAAUUCUCGAUAAUGUCGGGAUCCGCGCGAACCUCAUCCACCCCCGCCUCAUCGAGACGACGACUGCGGCCUUCCCGCGCAAGGGCUGGUCAGAGCACUUCGGGCGCGUCAUUGAGAAGGAGCUCGCGCUCAAGCCCUGGUGCCACACGUCGACCUUCGAGGUGCCGAACUGGAAGGAGGGAGUGCGAAGUAACUUCGCGACGGACGUGCGGGGCAACGAUGUCAUGCGGCCGUUCGAUUAAGUCAUAGCGACCACUAUGAAAGUCCAGUGCAGUGAUAAUGAGAACAUACUCCGCGAGCUGCUGCUCGACGUGAUUAUGCGUCGAUGAUAGCUUCAAUAGAUGUUUGGUUUCACAUUGCGGCCAUUGAAGAACUCGGUCAGACUCCCGUUGAAUAUAUUGAUCUUGCCGUGAACAACGGUCAUCCAAGGGUCCCGUCUCACUUCAAUGUUGGACACAAGCGUUUGCUCCUUCG